UCUGGAUCUGAAUUCAUCCAGGGUCCAGGAUGACAAUCCGGCACCAAGGCCAGCAGUACAGGCCAAGGAUGGCCUUUCUCCCAAAGAUCGAGGCUCUGGUGAAGGACAUGCAGAACCCAGAGACAGGAGUCCGAAUGCAGAACCAGAGGGUCUUGGUGACCACUGUCCCUCAUGCCAUGACAGGAAAUGACAUUCUACAGUGGAUUGUCCAGCGACUGUGGAUCUCCAGUCCAGAGGCCCAGAAUUUGGGAAACUUUAUUGUCAAAUAUGGCUACAUCUAUCCCCUGCAAGACCCCAAGAAUCUCGUUCUCAAGCCCGAUGGCAGCCUCUACCGAUUCCAGACACCGUACUUCUGGCCCACCCAGCAGUGGCCAGCUGAAGAUACAGACUACGCCAUCUAUCUAGCCAAGCGGAAUAUCAAGAAGAAAGGGAUUUUGGAAGAAUAUGAAAAGGAAAAUUACAAUUUCUUGAACAAAAAGAUUAACUACAAGUGGGACUUUGUCAUCAUGCAGGCCAAGGAGCAGUACAGGGCUGGAAAGGAAAGGAACAAAGCGGACAGGUACGCCAUGGCCUGCCAGGAGAAGGCGUAUUGGCUGGUCCACCGAUGCCCUCCAGGAGUGAACAAUGUGCUGGACUAUGGCCUGGACAGAGUGACCAAUCCGAAUGAAAUUAAGAAACAAACCAUCACGACUGUCAAAAAAGAGAUCAUGUAUUACCAGCAAGCCUUGAUGAGGUCCACGGUGAAGUCCUCGGUGUCCCUUGGAGGGAUUGUCAAGUACAGUGAGCAGUUCUCCUCCAAUGACGCCAUCAUGUCCGGCUGCCUCCCCAGCAACCCCUGGAUCACAGAUGACACUCAGUUCUGGGACUUAAAUGCCAAAUUGGUGGAAAUCCCAACCAGGAUGCGGGUGGAAUGCUGGGCCUUCAACUUCAGCGAGUUGAUCCGUGACCCCAAGGGCCGCCAGAGCUUCCAGUACUUUCUCAAGAAGGAAUUCAGCGGGGAGAAUCUGGGCUUCUGGGAAGCCUGCGAGGACCUCAAGUACGGAGAUCAGUCCAAGGUCAAGGAGAAGGCCGAGGAGAUCUACAAGCUGUUCCUGGCCCCAGGGGCGAGGCGCUGGAUAAAUAUAGAUGGGAAGACCAUGGACAUCACGGUGAAGGGGCUGAGGCACCCCCACCGCUACGUGCUGGAUGCGGCACAGACCCACAUCUAUAUGCUCAUGAAGAAGGAUUCUUAUGCUCGCUACUUAAAAUCUCCCAUCUAUAAAGGAAUGCUGGCCAGGGCUAUUGAGCCUCAAGAAACCACCAAGAAAAGCGCCACCCUCCCGUUUAUGCGGCGUCAUCUGCGCUCCAGCCCAAGCCCCGUCAUCCUGCGGCAGCUGGAAGAAGAAGCCAAGGCGAAGGAGGCAGCCAACACUGUGGACAUCACCCAGCCACGCCAGCCCCCCACACCCAGCCCCCACCUGACCGUGUAUACUGGGACCUGUGUGCCCCCCUCGCCAUCCAGCCCCUUCUCAGCAUCGUGCCGUUCCCCACGGAGGCCCUUCCCCUCACCCAGCCGCUUCCGACGGCCCAGCAGCACCGUGUGCCCCUCGCCCAUCAGGGUGGCUCUGGGCAGCUCCGCAGGCCUGGAGCAGGAGGGCGAGGCCAGCGGGCCUGGUGCCCACCGUGGGCCCUCUGGGGCCGAGAGCAGUGAAGCUUCUCUGGACUCGGAGCUGAGCUCAGGCUGCCUCUGGCCCCGCGGCCAGCCCAGGGCGCCCCCCAAGGCCCGUGUGGCCCUGUCCUUCGGCAGAUUCCUGAGGCGCGGCUGUCUGACCUCCCCCGUCUUCGCCCGCCUCUCACCCAAGUGCCCCCCUGUGCCCCAUGGCAAGGUGCAGCCCCUGGGGGACACAGGCCAGCAGCUGCCGAGGCUGAGACCCAAGAAGGUGACCAACUUUUUCCAGAUCAAAAUGGACGUGCCCACGGGGAGCGGGACCUGCCUGAUGGACUCGGAGGAGGAUGGCACAGUGGGCGAAGGAGGUGACCGGGACAAGGAAGUCAUCUGUCCCUGGGAGAGCCAGGCCGCGGGGAAGGCAGGCUGA